AAAAACGAGGGUGGGCUAUAAUAAACAGGAGGAACCGCAGCAAGAGGCGGUCAGGUGAUUCAGUCAGUCAGUAUGGCAGCACCAGAAUCAAAGCGCCAGCUGGUUCAGAGACACAUCCGAGCGUUUCCAGACUUUCCCAAGAAAGGCAUCGUUUUCAGAGAUAUCUGUCCCAUCCUGAAGGAUCCAGCUGCUCUGACAGCAGUAAUCGACCUGUUUGAAGAACAUGUGACCAAGAAUCACCCGCAGGUUGAUCUGAUCGUAGGUUUAGAUGCUCGUGGUUUCCUGUUUGGGCCUCUGCUCGCCCAGCGGCUGGGUGUCGGCUUUGUCCUGGUCAGAAAGAAAGGCAAGCUGCCUGGCACCACUGUGUCUGUGGCUUAUGAUUUGGAGUAUGGGAAGGCAGAGGCAGAGAUCCAGGAGGACUCAGUGGCUCCAGGUCAGAAGGUUCUGCUCAUUGAUGACCUGCUGGCUACUGGAGGGACAUUGUAUGCGGCCUGUGAGCUGAUAAAGAAGCAGCAGGCUGAGAUUCUGGGCUGCAUGGUGAUCAUCGAGCUCAAAGAGCUGAACGGCAUCGACAAACUGAAACCACACAGUGUGUUCUCUCUGGUUCAGUAUUGAGGACCGCAAUGUCACCACGACUGAACAAAAAACCUCUUCAACUCUGUUCCAGUCAGUGCCAAAAUAUAAAAUGUGUUGUCAUUCAUUCAUAAUGCUGCGGUAACCUCUAUAAACAGAUUUCCGAAUCUGUAGGCCAGGGACAAGCUUUUGGUAUCGGAAGCGUUCUGGUUUCCAUUUGUAGUUGGGGUAGUGACCAAUCACGUUUGAGCAGGUUUUGGUUGCCUGCAGGUUAACAGUCCAUGUGGACAGCAUAAGUGGCCGAAAUGCAAUCUGGGAACCCAUCGGCUAUUGUCUAAUGACGACUUAACUUUUUAUCAAUCUCGGAACCCUAGAGAAUAGCUUUCUUAAAAUGUAUGUGUAUUUAAAUAAUCAGUCGAUAGCUGAUGAGUUCUGAGAAUGAUACUCUGGCUGCAAGCCUUACCCAGCAUGCACUGGGACAAGAAGAAGCAAGUAUACAUGACUGAUGGAGUCAUCAGUUGGAAAUGCAUGACAUUUUCCUGCAAGGUUUAACUUUAGUGAAUGUGUUUGGGACUCAAAGGGAGAGUGAUUCUGCAGAAGGGUUGUUGAUAUUUGAACUCAAACAAAGCACCCUUAGAAGUGCCCUCCCCCAAAUUUCUAAUCUGACAUUUCUGCAGCAUCAUAACUGUUUAAACUCUUUAGAACUUUUCCUCUUUAGCUGUUUCUCGGUCAUCUCUCCUUCACGGUGCCUGGACUCCAGCACAUUUGAAUGUGCCGUUGUAUAGAACUCUCUCUGCCACAGCCCCACUCCCCCCAUCACUCCUGUGCACGAGCUCGAACGCCACUUGUUACUGAUUGCCUGAAACAAUGUUGUGUGGCAAGGCACCACUUUUCCAAUUUACAGACCGUGGGCUGUGUAAGGAAAAUGACUUUCUUUCAAACUACACACAAAACAGAGAACUAGCAAACCGUGAGGAAAUGUUCACUGAAUUUAACAAGAAGUAUUUGAUUACAAUCACUUACUAUCCUUUUAAACCAUGCUAUCCAUGUGACACUACAGCUAACUAGGAUCUAACCACCUGUAGCAUGUUGUUCUGGCUAAUACAAACAAAUGCUAUAAAAAACAGUCAUUGUAGCUUACUUGUCACGUAGCUGUAUAUUAGCUUUCAAAACAUUAGAAAGUCCUUCGGAUACAUCUGGGACCAUGAAUGUCUAAAUGUCUAAAACAUCCAUCCAACAGCUGUAGAGAUGUCAGUGUGGAACACUGAUGGACCAUCAGUUAUGUUUUAAUAAUGGGUUUUUUUCUGGUUAGAAGAGUAGUGCAACAAUUUAGAAUUCUUCCAUAAAUUCCCUAAAUGUAAUCAGUCUCCAGUGUGGGUUAAGCUAUUAAAAUACUAAACCUACAUUACCGUUAAAGAGGUGGUAUUAUGCUUUUUGUCUCUUUCCCCUCUCCUUUUGAGUUAUAUCUUUUUUGUGCAUGUAAUAGGUUUGCAAAGUGAAAAAGCCUAAAGGGAGUUCUCAUCUCCUACAGAAAACUCUGCUCUGAACUGCUUGAAAACAGCUCGUUUGUAGUCCAGCUGUGAAAGCUACAUGCACCGCAUAAUGUUGGCCUAGAACAUUUAGAGACAAGAUGCAUCACUCCUUAGCUAAAAGAGAGUCUUUAACACACAGGGCAAAAAGAGGAGCUGCAGCAAAAAUGUUUUUUGAAAAUUAAACCAUGUAAAUCUGUUCUGGUACAACCAAAAUAGGAGUUUGAACCUGAAAAUGAGCAUAAUACCACCUCUUUAAUGCAUUUUCUUCAUACAGACUAGUAGUUCAUUGAGUUUUUCAAUUGCUAGUGUUUUAGAUGGAAGUUUUAUUAAUGAAUGAAUUAUAUAAAUAACACAAGCCAGUAAUGGUUCUGGAUUAGAUUAGUUGUCAUUUAGGAUGAUACAUCAGCCUCGUGAAUACAAGUUACAGCCAUUGCAGAUCUCGAAAUACCACUAAUACAGACAUCAAUCGCGUUUGGAAAGUCUGGACACAACACAUGCGCAUGUUCAUUUGUCUUUAAUGAUAUUGGCUGAUUGACAUGGUUUCUUUGUAUGGAUACGUGCAUUUAGAAUAACACCAGCUGGACAGACUGCAGUGGCAACCUUACAAAUACAUACUGCUGUUAAUUGUUUUAAUGAAAUGCCAUCCACGUCCAUUGUACAGUGGUAGAGGCAGAAACCUCAAUCAGGGGACCAGAACUUUCUGCAUGACAAGAUGCCACUAGAACUGUUUUUCCUUGUUAACACUUUACCAACUGUGAUGCCUUCCUUGUCUCCUUCCUUUCUCGUGUAAUCUUGAGAUAAAUAGCUUUCCAGAUUGUUAUAUUUAAUAAAUUGCGUUUGCAAAGAGGC